AUGAAUUCACAAAAUAUACAAAAUAUACUAAAUAAACUGGCUCCGAUAGAUGCCAUUAAACCAGUAACCUCAACUAAAAGGCAACAAGUAACUAUCAUUGAUGAUACUUCAGAAAAUGCUAAUAUGGAUCCAAUGUACAUAAACAGAUUUAAUAUGGAUGAUGAUCUACCAGACAUUGACGACUUAAAAUCAGGUGUUCUUUUUAAACUUGGUCUCCAGGCAAUGGAGGGCCAGGAUUUGCUUUGUGUAAACAGCAUGGCCCUAUGGCUAGCGUCGUCUACCAAAGGUGGUAGCCCUAUAGAAAACGUAUUGAACGAUGAUCCCAACUCAUUUUGGCAAAGUGAUGGAGGCCAACCCCAUACCGUAGAUAUAUAUUUCAGUCACCGAAUAGACAUAAUAUCACUGGCACUGUAUUUCUCCCUAGCAUCAGAUGAGUCGUAUACACCUAAAUUAUUUAAGUUAUACGUGGGACAUAGUCCCUCUGAUGCUGUAUUUUACAAAAGUUAUCAUAUCGAACACUUAGAUGGAUGGGUAGGGCUGACCUUUAAGGAUAAUAGGAAAGAUAACUUGAUGAAAUGUCAAUUCCUAAGAUUAGUGUUCCCAAUAAAUCAUGAAAAUGGUAAAGAUACACAUCUAAGAGGGGUAAGGGUAUAUUCUCCCCAAGUGAGAAGGCAACAAGAAAAUUUCUUGCAACCAGAAACGAAUGUCGCUGGUAAUUCAAGUUCAUUACGGGGAUAUACAAUUAGGUGA